UAAGGGGAAAUAUAAGGAGGUUGUUAAAAGUUCAGCAGAAGUUCGAAGAGUUAUUAUUGUGACCAGUAUCUACACGGUGCUUUCUUUUCUCUCUCGGUCUUGGUUUGCUCUGUUCGACCAUCUGGAUUGUAAAGCGUAAAGUUCCAGGUGAGUCGGCUGAUUGAAGACUGGGCUCCUGUGGAUUCUGACCAUGGAUGAAGAGUUGACGCCUUUGGACUGCCUGUUGCCCUCAGGCAAACAGAGGAUCUGUCUGAUCAUUCUGAACCAGCCUCUGGAUAAGGACUACCUACACAUCCUCUGGAGUAAAGCUCUCUUGAAGGCAUGUGCUGAUGGAGCUGCCAAUCACCUUUAUAACAUCACAGCUGGAGAUAGAGACAGGUUUCUCCCCGACUAUAUCAGUGGGGAUUUUGAUUCCAUUACCGCCGAGGUCAAAGCUUUCUUUUCAGACAAGGGUUGCAAGCUGAUAGAAACGGCCGACCAGGAUCUAACAGACUUCACCAAGUGUCUUGCAAUCAUGGUUGAGGAAAUUCAGAGACAAACGUUACAGGUGGAUGCCAUAGUGACACUGGGCGGCCUGGCUGGCAGAUUUGACCAGACCAUGGCAUCUGUUGAGACCCUCCACCACGCUCUGUCAAUGACACAACUCCCCCUGUUGAUCAUACAGGGGACUAGCCUGGCAUACCUACUUAGACCCGGCAGCCACAGACUGGGGGUGAACACAGGCUUGGAAGGGGACUGGUGCAGCCUCAUUCCAGUAGGUGGACCCUGCCAAACAAUCACCACUGGGCUCAAAUGGAACCUGAAUGUCCUGAUCUUCUGCUGUACUGCAAUCUUAUCUGCAUCUGAUAACCAGGUGCUGCAGUUUGGGAAGCUAGUGAGCACCUCCAACACCUAUGAACCCGUUGCCCCUGGAAACCCCAGGAAGUCUGUAACCGUGACAACAGACCAGCCUCUCCUCUGGAGCAUGGGUAUCCGUAAGGAUGGGGAAUGACACAGAAGAAAGUCCUCUUCUCAAUCAGUAUUUGACUAAUCAGAACAUGUGACUACUUUUCUACAGCUGAGCUGUGGCAAACUCACUCGUUUUAUGCUUCAUACUUAAGAAAAUUAAAAACUGAACUUUGGGUUCAGUACCAUAGUGGCCAUCCUUGCUAAGGAUAUUUUUUUUUUUUUUUUACACUUUACACAUUUAGGUUUUAUGCAAUAAUACUCACUGUACAUGAUCAGUCAAAAUGAAUAUAUGCAUCUUAUAUCCAAGCCUUCUUCCAUAGAAACAGUUCCCUUAUUUAAAACACAUUUUAAUACUAUGAGGAAAGGAUUUAGAAGCAGAACUAGAGACAUUACCAUAUCAACAGUACACCUUCCUUUAAAUGUGUGCCGGUAUCUGCUUUGUGUCACAGCCUACAGUAUGUGCCUUUAACAUCAGUGCUUCUGUUUCACUGUCCUCUUGUAGCUACCAUGUUAACAAUAUCUCUACUAUGGAAAAGUACUUUCCAAGUAUUUGUGCCUUUUGAUGAGUUUAAUACUGUACUUGACUGAAAGUCAGAAAAGGUAAAAAUCAGUCAGUGUUGGUUUCCAUUUGUUUUAUUUACACAGUGAAAUAUAAAUGCACAGAAUGUAAAAAUGCCAUCCCUCCAGUUCCCAAUCACAUCACCAGCCCAAUAACACUUUGCACCAACGUCUCUUGUCCCGGGGUAUUGAAGUUUGCGUUUUUGCUUGACCAGGAGUUAACCGCCACUAGGAAAAGGAAAACAAGAAAA